CUCCUUAUUCCGGUUUGUGUCGGUAUGGAUGUUGUGACUGAUUGUGAUGUGUGACCUGUUUGUUAUCUACAAGCUAACCGCGCGUCCUUUCUGUGCAUGACUAUGACUGUUUGCUAACUGGCCGUAGCCAAAUGUUUAGGAGAAUUCGUUUCCUUUUAAUUAAUAGCUUGGUGCUAAAAACGUGCAAACCUUACAACACUUGGUAGGAUAACAGCAUCCCCAUGGCAAGUGGCGCUGGUAAUGCAAACAUGAACGCUGUCCGGGAAACGAUGGAUGUCUUACUGGAGAUCUCCCGGCUGUUGAACACGGGCCUCGAUAUGGAAUCCCUGUCCAUCUGCGUGCGUCUCUGCGAGCAGGGAAUCAACCCAGAGGCUCUGUCCUCCGUCAUCAAAGAGCUGCGCAAGGCCUCCGACUCCCUCAAGGCCUCUGAGAACUGCACCAACUGACGAUGGUCAUAUUUUCAUGGAAUGAUUCUGUCUAGAAGAUUUUUUCUCUUAUCAAGUCCGUUGCAUCAGUGUUGCCAAACCAGUUAAUUGCCCUGGCCUGUUCCUAGUGCCUCUGUACACACUCUGAGCUGAAACCAUUCAUCCAAGAGGACAUCCCCUGUGUCCCAAGGAGACAUUUUAACAGUGCAGCACCUGGUCUUCAUCUCCAUCCAUCUCCUCUCUUCACCAGUCUUCUCUGCUCAGGCUGGCCAUCUUAAAUCACAACAAUGACAAUGGUUUUAGAUCACAUGAUCCAAUUGUUGAAAAAAAUGCAUCGAUAAUUUAUUGUGAAUUGUUACAUUUUUUUUAAUAAAUAUGACCCUGCUACAA